CGAUAACAAGUUGAGAAACAUUGAUGAAAAGAAUUUCUUUUUUUUUUUUAAAUAUACCAUUGUUAAGUGUGAAAAAAAUGGAUUCGGAAAAUUAUUAUUUCAAUAAUACGAAUGUAAUUGAAAAUAAAACACGUUACAUUGGUUCGCCUUAUAAAUUACGACAAGAUGACAGUAAUUGGGUUGUUUCGAAUGCUUUUAUUAUAUUUACGAUGCAAACAGGUUUUGGAAUGUUGGAAUCAGGUUGUGUGUCACUGAAAAAUGAGGUGAAUAUUAUGAUGAAAAAUGUUGUUGACAUUGUUGUUGGUGGAUUAACAUAUUGGUUGUUUGGCUUUGGGAUGAGCUUUGGAACUGAAGAACCGACAAAUCCAUUUUUUGGAAUUGGUGGUUAUUUAAUUGAUCCAAAAGUUGAUGACGAUAUUUUUGGUCAAGCUUGCGCUGCAUUUCUCUUUCAAUUGAGUUUUGCAACAACAUCGACGACAAUUGUUUCUGGUGCCAUGGCGGAACGUUGUAACUUUAAAGCCUAUUGUAUAUUCUCAUCUUUGAAUACAAUUGUUUAUUGUAUACCUGCUGGAUGGGUUUGGGGAGAUCAUGGCUUUUUGAAUAAUUGGGGAGCAGUUGAUAUUGCUGGUUCCGGAACUGUUCACUUAGUUGGCGGUGUUUCUGCUCUCGCAUGUGCAAUUAUGCUUGGACCAAGACUUGGAAGAUAUGACAAUGGAAUAGAUCCAUUGCCGCUUGGUUGUCCGGUAAAUGCAAUUCUGGGAUUGUUUGUAUUAUGGUGGGGAUGGUUGGCAUUUAACAGUGGAAGUAGUUAUGGUGUUAAUGGAGAAAAAUGGAAAUACGCCGCUCGAGCUGCAGUUUCGACAAUAAUGGCAAGUAUGGGAGGAGGACUAGUUGGAUUAAUUAUCAGUCUAUCCAAUCCGGAAAAGGGAAUAAAUAUUUUGAGUCAAAUUAAUGGAAUUUUAGGUGCCUUAGUUGCAAUUACUGGUGGCUGUUUUCUCUUUCGGGCUUGGGAAUCAGUACUUAUUGGAAUGAUUGGUGGAUUAUUAACUUGCGUAUUUAUGCCUAUAAUUGAUAAAUUAGGCAUUGAUGAUCCUGUUGGAGCUUCUGCAACACAUGGAGUCAGUGGCAUUUGGGGUAUGAUUGCAAUAGGAUUUUUCGCGGAUGAUCCAAAACCGUUAACAACCACAAAAGGAAGAAAAGGAUUAUUUAAGGGAGGUGGAUGGUAUCUUUUGGGCAUUCAAAGUUUAAGUGUUUUGUGUCUCACUAUCUGGAGUUUUAUUACAACAUUGCUUUUAUUAUGGAUUGUUAAUAAAAUCAUUCCAAUUAGAAUGUCAAUGCAUGAUGAAUUAUUAGGUGCUGAUUUAGUGGAACAUCAUAUCCGACAUACAAAGAUUGGAUUGACUCCCGCUUUUUCCGCACUGAGACCAUUUAGUAGUGAAACACGUUUAGCAAAUGUUGUUCCCGUUGGUCAAAAUCCAGGUCAUGAAUCAUUUCUGACGAAAUACAAAGAAUCGAAAAAAAUUGAAAAAGUAAUGAAACUUGUGAGACGUUAUUCAAAAUCAAAAAGCACGUUAUUUAAUGUGAAAAAUGUUAAUACACCUGAAGUUUCAUUAAAACAGGCAAAUAUAAUGAAAAAUACGAAAAAUAAUGAAAAAACAACACAAUUGGCUUGGAUCGAAUGAGAUAAUUUGUAUAUGUAAAUAAUAAAAUGAAUUAUUCUCGAAUAAAACAUAUUUUAUUUAUUGUCACACAAGAAAUGUAAAUAAUUUAAUUCGUGGACAAUAUUUUUUUUCUUUUUUUUUGGACAUGCUCCCCAUGAAUUUUCUAACAAAAUUCUCUUUUUUUUUCUUUUUCAAAAAUUUCAAUUUUUCUCGGAGCUAUAAAACUUGAACUUGUACAAUGACAAUUUGUCUUAAUUUGAGAAAAAAAAAAAUUCACAGUAUUCACAAAUUUUGCGAAUAAUUUGUUUUCUAAAAAGCUUUAAAGAAUGAUUAAUUAGUUGUUAUAAAUAUUACAAAAAACAAAUGUUCUAUGAUAUGGAAAUACUCUGUGCAAUUUUUUUUAAAUAAAAUACUACAUUUUGCACAGAAACUCACACACAUACAUUACAUACAUGCACACACAAUUUUCGCUUACAUUUGUCAUCUUUACAGAUUCUAUAGUAAAAAAAAUUUUUUUAAUUAAAAUUAAACAUAAAAAUAAAUAAUUUUAAUUAAAAAAAAAAAGAAAAUGUAUAAGAAAUAAAAAACAUUUGAGACGAUACAAAUAAACAAACAAUUCUCUAGUGACUAGAUAAAAAUAAUUUAACAAAUUAUUUUCUAAAGAUAAAUAACUUACAUAUAAUUAUAUAAAAUUACUGAAUGCAUUAAAAAAAAAAUUUUAAACCAAUUGACAUUUAUGGAUUUUGAGAUGAAAAAUUUAUUUUUAAAAGUUUGUCGCUUUAAAAUUUGUUCUUUCACAAAUCAGUCUCAAAAAUAUUAUGGAAGAUGCGCUAAAUACUAUGUAUAUAUGUAUAUGAAUGGAAAAAUAUUACAAAGCAAAAAAAAAAAGACUUUUUUAACGCGCUGCAUAAGUAUU